UCGAAAAUUCAACCUUUUAUCAGUUUUUAAUUUUUUUUCAGAAGACAUGGAAAUCAGCAUCAGAAAUCGAUGGAUGAGCCGACUUCAUGAAGAAUCUAAUAACAACAGUAGGAGUUUAUAUAAAAAUGGCUGCCCAUAUGGUACCUACGUCACUACCGUCUUUCUGCUUGAUACCUCGGCUAGCAUGGCGGGAGAGGGUCUGGAACAAAUGAAAACGGCAUUCAAGGAUAUCAUUAACGAGUUUUCUAAGCAUCCAUCAAUAACAGAAAAUGUGUCUGUGAUAACUUUUGGAGAUGACGUGAAGAUUCUUAAGUACUAUUCCAAAGAUUACAAAUCUAUAUCCAGAUGUGUAGAUAGCAUAGAAUGUGGAGGCGAUAGCAAAUUAGAAGCAGGACUUAUCAUGUGUUUGUCAGGUAUACAAACAGUUCCUUACUCAAACAUUGGAUCAUUUCACGUGAGAACAAGAAUAGUCGUUAUCACCGAUGGUAAACCGACAGAUCUCUGUGACGAAAACGGUCACGAGAUUUACCAAUCACGUGGUUAUGAUGAGGUUAGCGAUGCAGUUAUCAAUAUAGCGAAACAACUAGGAAGAGGUAACCCCAUCUUCUGUAUUCCAGUUGGAACAGAUCCGGACAUUUGUUUCUUGGGAACGAUGGUUUUGGCAUCAGAUGGAGGAAAGAUAAUUCCUUUCACCGAGGCUGAACAGUUUGGUAGAUAUGCAGUUAACAUGGACUUAGCAUCGAAAGUUUUAAAUAGAAUUCCGGAAGAAGAUCAGUUUUCAAGAGAAACUAUUAAAUCUGAAAUUCGUCGAAUCAAAAUAGUUUCUGAAAAAGAUUUGGAUGACGUCUGUGAAAUAAUUGAGAACAGAGAUGCCUACAAAUCAGGUUUGGCAUUGAUGGAAGAAAGAGAGAUCGAAGUGGAAAAGGAAUAUGAAGAAAGGGAUGCGAAAAUGCCAUGUGUAGGUACACGUGUACGCCGGGGUCCCGAUUGGAAAUGGAAGAACCAAGACGGACACGGAAUCGGAACUGUUGUAGGACACUCAAAGAGAGUUGGUUGGAUAAACGUUGAAUGGGACACUGGGCUGCAUUUGCCCUAUAGAUAUGGAAACAAUGGUCUGCAGACUGCAUAUGAUAUUGAACCCUGUAAUGAACCCAGGAUACUCGAAGACCAUCCUAUCGCAGUUGGGUGUCUUGUUAAAAGAGGUCAGGACUGGAAAUGGGAUGAUCAAGAUGGAGGCAAAGGGAACGUUGGAACUGUGUAUCGUUUGAAAACACCAACAGAGAUUUACGUUAGAUGGCCCAAUGGAAACAAGAGUAAUUACAGAUAUGGAUAUAAAAACAAAUUUGAUGUAGAGUUAUGUGACCCAUUUGAUCCCAGCAUAAAAGAAAUGUUAAGAAAACGCUCACUUGACGCCAAAGCAACCGGACCUUAUGCCACCAGGGAAAAAUCAACAAGACAUGAUGAGGCGAGGUUUGUCAGUGAGUCUGUGUACUCAUACAACGACUCCAGUUCCCAGGGGAAUUUUUCAAGCAUCGUAGAAUCAAUUCCCAUGACGAGUGAGGACAAUAUGAGUAACACUUCACUAGUGAAUAAGAAAAAGAGGCGGUAUUUUAGGAAUACUAGUGACCUUUCUACGUGUAAGAGGUGGCAAUGGAGAAGUGAAGACGGGAAGUGGAAUGAUUUUCCAAAAGAAGCAAAUGAGAUCAUCGACAAAAAUUAUACAAAUGCUUUUGGGACAAGUGUAGUUGUUCGUCUAAAUGGUCAAUUAUGCCGAGUCCAUUUUCAGAAGAAAAGAAUGGUGAAUACAAUAACAAAAGAAGCUACUGAUAUAAGAGUACGAGAAAGUCAUGAUUAUAAUCAAAAGUGAUACGCUGAUUAACCAACACAGUCUGACUUUACCAAUGUCUUUCAUAAACUCCUGAAAAUUUUAAAAUUGACAAUUUUUUUCUAAUUUUGUCUA